AAAGAGUAGAGAGCUUCGUAUUGAGAAUCCUUCCUGUACCGUCAAUCUACUUUAAUGUCAACAGGUCGGAUCAUACAAUCAAGUCCACAAUCUUUGGUUUACAGAAACACAACAAUGAUCCCUCACUCACGCUGUCAUUCGGUUUGCCCGUAACUAAUAGCCAUGACAAUAUCUGGCUAUAACCUUUAGUUUCUUGAUAAGAAGUAUUUCGCUGAAAUAAAUUCGCUUCACGUGUUUAUUUUACUGUAAAAUCCCUUUGCUUUAGUUAACGUCAUCCCUGUAUCCUCACUGAUAUUAUCCUAGUAAAUUAUUGGAUGUGGCUUCUUGUAUGUGGAUGCGUUUGGAAGUCCUUGAAAUUGUGUCAUUUUAGACAUGGUGCGUUUGGAAGUAUGAUAUCUUAAAUUGGAUUUUUUUAUCAUACUGGAUGUUAAAUAGCUACUAGAACAGAUUUGGCUGUGCUCCUUACAGUAGCCUACUACUAGGCCAUUUGGAUGAACCAUUAUGAAACUGUCAGGAAUAUAAAUCGCUGAAGUUGUAUGGGCGUUUAUUGAUAUGGCCUAGUAGGUGGUAAAAAUAACCAUUAUUUGGUGUUACACACAGCAUCAGAAUGAAAUAACCUAGUUUAUUUUGAGAACACGAUGUAAACAAACGACCAAAAAACAUCCCCGUCCAGACUCCUGACACUGACAGUGCACCUAAGAUUAUGGCGACUCCAAAUCCGGAGUUCCGUUUCCAUUAAGAGUCCUGGCUCGACGGGUUCUGAGAGAAAGAGGGAGGGGAGAAAGAGUUGUCAUGCAACGAGACACGCACAUUUAUGGUCUUCAAGAUUAAUUUAUGUUUGAAUGAUGUUAUGCUACCUGUCUACAAAUGUUACAUAAGCUAUUGAUUUUAAUGAUUUGGGUCCAUACGUUUAAACAUUAGACGUAUAGUAUCUGACAUGAUGUAGACGACAGUGGAGCGUCUACCUAGCGAGACUAGACUGGAUUGAUUUACCGCAGCCUUGCGUCAAGCACGCUGGCUAUGUUCGACUAGGUCUAGUCAGCAAGUAGGUACUUUGCUUGCUGACUAGACAGGCUAUUUUUAGUAGCGGUACCAGUGCGGACAUGUCACCAACAUGCUUUUUAGGAGUAGCAAACGUUUGUCUCUAAGGCCGAUUUAUUGGGUUGUUGACGCUUUUACGGGGUACCUUGUCUUGUAGGUAGACGUGUAGGUGAAGCUAACGGUAGCUCUGUAAUCCUAGCCUCACAGACCCUGGCAGUAAGGCAAUUUCCAGUCGAUGCUAGCUAGCUAUCUAGCCUAUCCAGACGUAAGGGCUUGUUUUGCCAUCCCAUCCCAUUGAAUCUCACAUGAGACGAGAAUUGAAAGAUGGACCUGAAUUUUUACUCUGAUCUAACGGACGGCACCGGACAGCACGGCGAUCCAGAGUUCCUGAAUCCACAGUCUUUCAAUGGAUUUGACGCCGUUAACAAGUUCCCUGGAGGCAGUGACAACUACCUGGCCAUCCCAGGGCCGGGUCAUCCCUUUCUCUCCUCCUCAGAGACCUUCCACACCCCCAGCUUGGGUGAUGAGGAGUUUGAGAUCCCCCCCAUCUCCCUGGACCCAGACUCUGCCCUCACAGUGUCCGACGUGGUGGCCCACUUUGGGGAGCUGUCAGACGGGGGCCCCUCGGGCAGCGUGGUGGUCCCCGGGAACGCGGUGGUCGGGGGCGAAGACCCCUCCUUCGCCUCCACCUUCGUCAACCCCGCCUCGCAGGGCCUGGAGCACCUCAGCCUGGGGGUUAUCAGCCAGCCAGGAGGGGGCGCUCUGCUGGGGUCUGCCCUGGGAAUGGAUCUUGGCCACCCGAUUGGCUCUCAGUUCAGUAGCACCUCCCCCAUGACCAUCGAUGUUCCGAUGAGUGACAUGGGUCACGGCCUCUUGAGCCACAACCAGCUGACCACCAUUGACCAAUCAGAGCUCAGCGCCCAGCUGGGGCUCAGCCUGGGGGGCGGGACUAUCCUGCCGCGGCCACAGUCACCUGACCACCCUCUGUCAGCCACGGCCUCGCCCACCGGCUCGCUACAGGAUGAUGACAUGGAUGACUUCAGACGGAGCGUACUAGUGGAGUCCCCAGUCUCUCUGUCCGUCUCCCCUGGGGUCAUCUCCCUGGACCAGCCUUUCUCCGACUCCUCCCUCCACGCCCCCUCCGCCAGCGGCCCCCCGGCCCUGGUGAGGAGGGGAGGAGGAGCAGGGGGAGGAGGAGCAGGGGGAGGAGGAGCAGCGGGAGGGGGAGGGGGGGCGAAGAAAGGGAAGAAGAAGAAGGACCCCCACGAGCCCCAGAAGCCCGUGUCGGCCUACGCCCUGUUCUUCAGGGACACACAGGCGGCCAUUAAGGGCCAGAACCCCAACGCCACCUUCGGGGAUGUGUCCAAGAUCGUGGCGUCCAUGUGGGACAGCCUGGGGGAGGAGCAGAAGCAGGUGUACAAGAGGAAGACAGAGGCAGCUAAGAGAGAGUACCUGAAGGCUCUGUCAGCUUACAGAGCAAACCAGCUCUCCCAGCCCACUAUAGAAGUUCUGGACUCCGCCCCCUCGCCGUCCCCCCCGGAGCCCCCCCCUGCACCCGCCCCCGCCCCAGUCCUCUCAGCCCCUGCAGGCUCCACCCGCUCGGGCCGCCUGCCCCACUACAACCCCGACCAGAACACCAUUACCAACAUCUGCACCUCCAACAUCAUUCUGGACCUGCCUCAGGUCUCCACCCGCUCUCGGACUGGCGCCACCAAGCCCGCGGCGCCGCCCCCGCCCGACCCCCCCACCGUCACCAAGAUCAUCAUCAAGCAGGAAGGGGGCGUGGCCACCGCCAUGCCAGCCGGGGGGGUGACGCUCACCUCCUCCUCGGCACGCCAGCCCCCUCCUCUCCAGCAGAUGCAGAACACCCCUCCUCCCCCCCGCCUGCAGCAGAUGGUACAUGCCCAGCCCCCUCCACCCCUGCAGGCCAAACCACGGGGCGGGGGUGUGGCCGGGCAGGCCCCGCCUCCUCUGCAGAUCAAGAUCGUCCCCGCCUCCUUGCAGUCAGACUCGGCGGGGGCGUCGGCGGGGGCGUCGCUGCCCACCCCCACCUCUCUCACCGUGGAGGUGGGGCAGUCGUGCGCCAUGGUAACGACAGGGGAGGAAGUGACGGAUGGAGAGGAAGGGAUGGAGGUGGAGGUGAUGGUGGCCCCGGGGCCUGCGCUCGCCCCCCCUGCCCCUGGCCCCAGUGUGGUGUGUGCCAGGGCUGGCUGCACUAACCCAGCGGUGGAGAGCAAGGACUGGGACAACGAGUACUGCAGCAACGAGUGUGUGGCCACACACUGCAGGGACGUGUUCGUGGCCUGGUGUGCGAUCAGGGGGCAAAACUCCACCUCCGUCACGUAAGGAACGGACAGAUCUGACGGAGGACAGGAACGAUGGAUGAAGGAAUGAGUGAUGAAUCCAUGAAUGAGACUCUAGUCUUCCUCCAGUUCCCUGACGUUGUUCUGAGAAGAUGCAGAUCGCAGAUGAACACCAAGCUGACUAACCAGCUUCAUGAGGAGGGAAACAAAAUACUUUUGAUGAGGAGGGUUUUACAUGACCACGUUUUUAAUUAUUUUAACUUCUGGAGGGCUUGGGGGUAAAAUGGCAAAUGGGUUCGACUCUUUUCAUGGCAUCUGACCGUUGAAGCCAGAGCCACAGGUGAAAUCUCUUUCCAGAGGACAGCCACUUUGGGGUCUGGGUUUUCUAUGCUGUCAUACUGAACUGAAAACGUUUCCUUUCCAGGGGUAAGACUUGAUUUCAGGCGUUGAGGAAAACCGUCUUAAGUCUAAUAUUUUACAUGUGAUGCCACUGUUUCACAAACUAUCAUGGUAGGACCGACACUGUGGACGAACAUUUCCGAGAAACGAGUUUGAUUUUUGUUUUAACGAUGCUGGUACUUUGUUAUGGAACCUGCAGAAACCUGUCCUGUCUGAGUCUACUGUACAAGUACAAUUUGACGGUUUAACAGUGAUAAAACUACAGAAGGUAUUAAUUAUAUCAAGCACACAGUAACUGUUGUUCCCCAUGACGUGAUCUCUUUGGUCUAUAACAUUUAUAUUAGAGUUCCCCAUGAACAUAUAACUUAAUGAUGACGUUGGCAGGCUAGACCUUCCUUUGAUAUAAAUGUAUAUCAUACAUUGAUGAAUUAUAAAUUUUUGCUUCAAGGCGAAUUUGGUGAAAAAGUAAGUAUUGGGAUUAUGUUACAAAAUGAUUAAAGUAAUAUAUAGAUGCCCCCUCCACACACACUUGUUUUUUCUGUUUAAAAACAUAUUGCCUGUGUGGUUUUAAAUAAACAAUGUUUAACAUG